AUGACACUCUUCACGAGGACGAAUCCCGAAACAAACCAGAGUAUUUUUGACUUUGUGGUAUUGUUAACAAUACUCUCGAUCGUCUUUUUUAUUAUACACCUUAUUCUAGAAUGGAGGCAAAAACCGCCUGGGCCCUGGGGACUUCCGGUAGUAGGUCACCUGCCUUUCCUUGGAUCAAAGCCUCUGGAUAAAUUUAAACAAUACCAAAAAGAGUAUGGAGAUGUGUUCUGUUUACGAUUCGGUAUGUGGCCUACCGUUGUCAUCAGAGGGAGAGACACCGUGAAGUCAACCCUUGCACAUCAAUCAGAUCACUUUGCUUCUCGACCACCGUUCUUCUCAGUGAAAAGCGUGAGCGAUAUGAAGGGCCUUACUUUUAGUGAGUUUGACGAGAGGUACUUGCUUCACCGAAAAAUUGCCAGUAGCGUAAUCAGAGAGAUUGGAAGUUACAGUAAAUCUGAAUUAGAAGAUGUGUUCCGAGACGAAUCAAACAUACUGGUGUCGAGCUUUUUGGCAAAUGAAGGCAAACCGUUUAACCCUAGAUAUUUAGUUUACAUAGCCGCAGGGAGCAUUAUGUACCAGUUCUGUUACGGAAAGGGUGAGAACAUACGAGAUGAUCCGGCAUUUCUAAAAGUUAUGAAAGACCAAGAAAUAUUCCAAGAAUUCUUCGCAAUGGGAAAUUAUUUUGAUGUUUUCCCAUGGUUGCAAUACAUUAUGCCGAAUCAAUUUAACAAGUUUUUGGAAACGAUUAAAAACGCUAGGUGUGCCAGAAAGGAAGACAAAGAUGAUAUUAUAAAGACAUUUUAUCCAAAUAAUCCUCGUCAUGCAUUAGAUGGCAUACGAAAUGCUUGUUUGAAGUACAACAUAACAGAUGUCCCAAAUGAAAUGGGGCUGACAAAGGCUCAGCUGAUUGACACGUUGGACGACUUUUUUACCGCUGGAUUCGAGACAAUCUCUUCUACCUUACGGUGGGCAUUAAUGUAUUUUGCUGAAUAUGAAGACAUUCAGUUGAAAGUACAAAGAGAAAUAGAGGAGAGAAUAGGAAGAAACAAAGUUCUAUCUGUGAAAGACCGACAUGAUUUGCCUUACACCGAGGCUACAAUUCUAGAGAUCAUGAGGGUGGCACCUGCUGUUCCCAUGGGACUUCCUCACCAAGCAACCAAUGAUGUAUUUGUAAAAGGAAACUUGAUCGAGAAAGGAACUGUUGUUUUCUUUAACCUUAUCUCUGUUAUGCAUGACGAAUAUUGGGGUAAUCCGCAUGAGUUCCAACCAGGGCGUUUUUUAGAUGAUAAAGGAAAUUUGAUGAAACAAAAAGUCGACAAUGUGUUGUCAUUUAGCGCCGGACGACGAAACUGCGUCGGCAAGAUGAUCGCACAGGCAGAAAUAUUUUACUUACUAGCGACUGUGCUCCAAAACUGUAAAAUUUGCAAACCCGAGGAUACAAGUUAUGACUUUGAAGGUCUGUAUGAGCUAAGUUACUACCCCAAAGAGUAUGAACUGUGUGUUCAUCCAAGAUGAAUCAUCACUACAUACAUUGUCAUACCGAUGUGAUUAUGUAAAGUUACAUUCACAGGAUGGAGCAACACAUUUGCAUCAAAGCAAAUUAAAAUUUGUGUUGAUGUAUAAUUAAAUCAUAGCCAGUAUGUAUUUCAACACAGAAACUGUUAUAAAGUAAGUUUGCAUUUUGUAUCUUAUGCGACAUAAGAACUAAUGCUAAUAGAA